UUAAAAAGGCUUAUCGACUUGUCUGAAGCUAAACACUGGGAAAUGUUGUAACAAUAGUUAUAAUUGAAUAUUCUAAUAACUUAAACAUCAGCAUAGCAUUUUUAUUUGCUUCACAUUUCGAUAAACAUCUAAAAUCCACACGUCAGCAAUAUUGUGAUUGUGACUUGCACGUCUCAUCCCAGCACAACUCUAUCACUUAGCCGACAACGUUGCUGCGCAUUUCACAACAUUGAAUUCAUUCUCAUUAGAGACGCGUACGAGGCAUCUACAUAAAGUUCUAGCUAAAGGUAGUCCAUUUUGGAAUUUGUUGAUAAAAAAAAACAAAAACGAGUGCAAAAUGUUGACAAGUCUGUGUUGCAUGCGCCUCAACACCGCCGGUGUCGUUCUCGGCUGGUUGGGUGUUGUUGGCUCAUUUGUGUUGAUGAUUCUGGCGUCCGUCGUGUUGGGCAACUCCGAUGUGCUUGCCAAACAGGUUAUGGAUCACAUGGACGUGAAUUAUGAACAAGUCCACACGGCCAUUAUCAUUGUGUGCAGCGUCUAUUUGGCCAUGGUUAUACUCAAUUUGCUGUCAUCGGCUCUGCUUAUCCUGGGCACUAUGAAGGAGCGCCAUUUGCUGUUGUUGCCGUGGCUGAUCAAUUCUGGAGUCGGACUCAUCUUCGCCAUCAUAUAUCAAAUGGCAUUCCUAUUUAUGUCGGUUUCGGGUGGUGCGAUAGGCAACGCUUUUCCCGCCCUGAUUUUGAGUUUACUUGCACUUGCCUUACAAAUCUACAUUUACUAUGGCAUCUACUCGCUGUUCAAGCAGAUUCAGGCCUCACGCGAUCAGCAGCGACCGCUGAUAGUCCAAUCGCAGGGCAUGGCCGUGCCACAGCAGAGCAACACUUAUCCCACAUAUACCAAAAUCUAAGUUCCCGGGGUCCAAUAGGAUUUAACGAUGUGGAACGCCUUAAGCGAAAUAAGCUUUCAACUAUAACGAAAAUCAUAUAUUUUUGAUGUUAUAAUUAAAUUAGCCAUACGCAUGCACAUAGUGUAUUGUCGUAAUAUCGAAAAAUGUAA